AACUGACGAAGAAUGUGACGGAACCACAUAUAUUGGAGAUAUUCGGGAGUUUCGGGGAGAUUCAGAGCGUCGAUCUUCCCAUGAACCAUACCUUUAUGGCAAACAGGGGUACGGCGUAUAUUCUCUACCACGAUCCCGCAGACGCAGAAGCCGCCAUUGCACAUAUGCAUGAAGCCCAGCUGGACGGGGCGGUAUUGAAUGUGUCUAUCGUACUACCAAAAAGAGCAUUCUCCCGUUCACCCCCCCGGGUUUUAAGUACGAGGGGGAAACACGGACGUCAGAGACAUCCUCCAGGGCGACAUGCGGACAACCGUUCUCCUCGCCAUUCGCCAUACCAGCAACGAGCUUCCCCUCCGCGGGCGUAUGGUCGAGCUCGGCCCAUGGAAGGGCACGACUUAUAUCGACCCCGAUCACUUUCCCUUUCUCGGUCUCGAUCUCCUCAAGGCCCUCGUUCGUUUUCUUCACGUUCCCCAUCGGGAUCCCCUCAUAGGAAAAGGGUAGGUGCACAGAAAGACAGCCCACGACGAGGCAGACGCCGCAGCCCAAGCUACAGUAGCUACGAUUACAGCAGUCGUAGUAGAAGCCGGGCCCACAGUAGAGAUAGGGGGCGCAAUUAAAAUGGUCCGUUAAGGAGGUAAACUAUGGCAGCAUUACGUAAGGAUUUACGUUCGCAUCAUGGUAGGAAAGCUACCUCCAAUAUCAUUAUUGAUUGGACGAAUGGGUUUACCUUACUAACCCUUGCUUGUCGGACUCGGGGUAGAUCCCCAUUUGAUAAUCUAUUCCGGUCGGUGAUGAAUAGUGUUCAGUCAUUGGGCCCACGGAUUACGGAGCUGCGUUACCU